GCGGGUGGCAGAGGGCCGGACUUGCGAGUUCAACGCGCAGUGCUCGCCUGGCGACCCGACCAACCGCACCGCUCACCAUGCGCGCGCCCGCGAGUGUAAAACCACCAUUAUAAUCUAGUGAAGUGACAAAUCCGGAUUUUACACACAUCUGGAAUAGAACUAAUCCAGCAUGGCGGCUUCAGGGGGGAAGUCGCGGCGGGACGAAAUGAGCGACAACUCGGACGAUGAGCUGUUGCCGCUGGCCAAUGACACUUAUGGCGGCAGCCAAAGAACAGUACAAGAAACAAAAGGAUGGGACGUCUUCAGAGAGUUUCCCCCGAAGCAGGAGAGUGGGUCGAUGGAGAAUCAGGUCUGCCUGGAGUUCACAGUCCGGAUUCUCAAAGUGUUGGCGUACACCAUCACCUUCAUAGUCGUGCUGGGUUCUGGCGUGAUAGCUAAGGGCACUGUGCUUUUUAUGACCUCACAAAUCAAGAAAGACAAACGGCUAGCUUAUUGUAAUAGAAAUUUAGGUAGAGAUAAACAAUUUAUAGUCAGUCUGCCAGACGAGGAGCGGGUAGCGUGGAUGUGGGCUAUCCUGGCGGCUUAUGCCAUCCCAGAAAUAGGAACGCUAAUACGAUCGGUUAGAAUAUGUUUCUUCAAGACAUCGAAAAGGCCCACUACUGUACAAUUUAUAGUGGUCUUCAUUACGGAAUCGCUGCACACAAUAGGAAUGGGAUUGUUAUUCUUCCAAAUACUACCAGAAUUAGAUGUGGUCAAAGGUGCCAUGAUAACAAACUGCCUGUGCAUUGUGCCAGCGAUUCUUGGCCUGCUCUCCAGAAGCUCGCGUGAUACAAAACGUUUCAUGAAAGUGAUCGUCGACAUGGCCGCUAUAGUCGCACAAGUCACCGGAUUCAUAGUUUGGCCGCUGUUAGAAAACAAACCAGUUAUUUGGCUUAUCCCAAUAUCAGCUCUUUGCAUUUCGUUGGGAUGGUGGGAAAACUACGUUUCACGGCAGAGUCCAAUAGGUAUAAUAAAGAGCUUAGCAAGAAUAAAGGAUGAACUGAAUUACACACGAUACUUUACUUAUCGUUUCAUGUCCGUUUGGAAGAUCAUUUUGUUUCUGAUCUGUAUCCUUAUGAGUAUCUGGAUAGAUGGCGACGACCCUGCUAUGUUCUUCCAGUUAUUCAAUCCUGGGUUUGGACCGCAUAAUAUCGUGGUUGAGGAAGUUCAAAUACAACUUGGCGGGACACUAAUUCCAGAUCUUGCUAACGCCACUCUCACAGGAGACUCAGUAGAGGUGGCCGCGGUACAUAAGUCUGCUUUUUAUGUGCUGCUCAUCCAAGUUUUCGCAGCCUACUUUUGCUAUAUAUUUGGAAAGUUUGCUUGCAAAAUCCUUAUUCAAGGAUUCAGUUAUGCCUUCCCAAUUAAUCUGGUAAUUCCAUUGGUCGUGAACUUUUUAAUUGCCGCGUGCGGUCUGAGAAACGGAGAUAACUGCAUAUUCCAUGGUACAAUACCUGACUAUCUCUUCUUUGAAAGUCCACCAGUAUUUUCACUUGGGGACUUCAUUACAAGACAAAUGGCAUGGAUAUGGUUGCUGUGGCUACUUUCACAGACGUGGAUAACGCUACAUAUUUGGACUCCAAAAGCGGAACGUUUGGCAUCUACUGAAAAACUGUUUGUCCUGCCAAUGUACAACGGAUUACUUAUUGAUCAGAGCAUGGCACUUAACAGGAAAAGAGAUGACCAAAAAGACGUUAAAACCGAGGAUUUAGCAGAAAUCGAAAAAGAGAAAGGCGACGAAUAUUACGAAACAAUUUCGGUGCACACAGACAAUACUGGAUCUUCUCCCAAAACGAUAAAGUCGUCCGAUCAAAUCACCAGAAUAUACGCAUGCUGCACUAUGUGGCACGAAACAAAAGACGAGAUGAUGGAGUUCUUAAAAUCUAUUUUGCGAUUAGACGAGGAUCAGUGCGCCCGGCGUGUCGCCCAGAAAUAUUUACGUGUUGUUGACCCUGACUACUACGAAUUCGAAACUCAUAUAUUUUUGGAUGACGCAUUUGAAAUAUCAGAUCACAGCGACGACGAUUCUCAAGUGAAUCGGUUUGUUAAACUUCUCGUGGAUACGAUUGACGACGCAGCCUCUGAAGUACAUCAAACUAUUAUCCGUGUACGACCACCGAAGAAGUAUCCCGCACCUUACGGGGGACGAUUAACGUGGGUACUUCCCGGAAAAACAAAAAUGAUCUGCCACUUGAAAGACAAAGGGAAAAUUCGUCACAGAAAACGGUGGUCUCAGGUGAUGUACAUGUACUACCUUCUCGGAUUCCGUCUAAUGGAACUGCCUAUAUCAGUCGACCGAAAAGAAGUCAUGGCGGAAAAUACUUAUCUGCUGACACUUGAUGGAGAUAUUGACUUCCAACCGCCAGCUGUGAGGCUUCUUAUUGAUUUGAUGAAGAAAAAUAAGAAUUUAGGAGCAGCGUGUGGACGUAUUCACCCAGUUGGUUCUGGUCCCAUGGUUUGGUAUCAACUUUUCGAGUACGCUAUUGGACAUUGGCUGCAAAAGUCGACUGAGCACAUGAUUGGCUGCGUGCUUUGUAGUCCUGGAUGCUUUUCUCUGUUCAGAGGAAAGGCUCUUAUGGACGACAACGUUAUGAAGAAGUAUACUUUGAGAUCAGACGAAGCUCGGCACUACGUACAAUACGAUCAGGGUGAAGAUCGAUGGCUCUGCACACUUUUGUUACAAAGAGGUUAUCGAGUAGAAUACUCAGCUGCUUCCGAUGCGUACACUCAUGCUCCCGAAGGUUUCAACGAGUUCUACAACCAACGUCGUCGCUGGGUGCCCUCCACUAUUGCCAACAUUAUGGACUUGCUAGCCGAUUACAAACACACUAUUAAAAUCAACGAUAACAUUUCAUCGCCUUAUAUAGCAUACCAGAUGAUGUUGAUGGGCGGUACGAUUUUGGGCCCCGGCACUAUAUUUCUUAUGUUGGUGGGUGCUUUUGUGGCGGCUUUUAGAAUUGACAAUUGGACAUCUUUCGAAUAUAAUUUAUACCCAAUCGCAGUCUUUAUGUUGGUUUGCUUCACAAUGAAAUCUGAAUAUCAGUUACUAGUUGCUCAAAUUCUAUCGACAGCAUAUGCUAUGAUAAUGAUGGCUGUAAUCGUCGGUACGGCGCUUCAAUUAGGAGAGGACGGUAUAGGAUCUCCUUCAGCUAUAUUUUUGAUAUCACUUUCAAGUUCAUUUUUCAUAGCCGCUUGUUUGCAUCCGCAAGAAUUUUGGUGUGUCGUUCCUGGCAUCAUUUACUUGCUGUCGAUUCCAUCUAUGUACUUGCUUUUGAUUUUAUACUCAGUCAUAAACUUGAAUGUAGUAUCUUGGGGUACUAGGGAAGUUCAGACGAAAAAAACUAAAAAGGAAAUCGAACAAGAAAAGAAAGAAGCAGAAGAGGCUAAGAAGAAAGCCAAACAAAAAUCUUUACUUGGAUUCCUUCAAGGUGUAAAUAGUAACGAAGAGGAAGGAUCGAUCGAGUUUUCGUUUGCGGGGCUGUUUAAAUGUUUGCUAUGCACGCAACCUAAAGGAAAUGAAGAGAAACUGCAACUUAUGCAUAUUGCCUCUACACUUGAUAAGUUAGAAAAGAAACUCGACACUGUGGAACGAAUUGUAGAUCCACAUGGGCAAGUAAGAGGGCGUAAAUUGUCAAUAGGACUUCGAGGCAGUACAAAUGGUGACCCACUGGUGACAGUGGCCGAAGGCGAGGAGGAAGAAAGGGGAUCUGAUUCCGAAACCGAAACGAUGUCUUCAAUGCCGAGAGAAAAGAGAGAUGAUCUUAUUAAUCCAUACUGGAUCGAAGACACUGAUUUGAAAAAAGGAGAAGUUGACUUUAUGAAUCAAUCGGAAUUAUCGUUCUGGAAAGACCUUAUCGACAAAUAUUUGUAUCCUAUUGACGCCAAUAAGGAAGCUGAGGCUCGAAUUGCACGUGAUUUACUUGAGCUUCGCAAUAAGUCAGUAUUUGCGUUUGUCAUGUUCAAUGCUUUAUUUAUAUUGAUAGUAUUUUUAUUACAACUCAACAAAGAUCAACUCCACGUGAUUUGGCCUUUGGGGGUAAAGACCAACAUUACGUACAUCGAGGAUACAGGCGAGGUGCUUAUAAGCAAAGAAUACUUACAACUGGAACCUAUAGGUUUAGUAUUCGUAUUCUUCUUCGCGUUGAUUCUGGUUAUUCAGUUUACCGCUAUGUUGUUCCAUAGAUUCGGAACGAUUUCACAUAUAUUAGCAUCAACUGAACUCAACUGGUUCUGUACCAAGAAGUCAGAUGACCUAUCUCAAGAUGCCCUUCUGGAUAAAAAUGCAAUAGCAAUAGUAAAAGACUUACAAAAAUUAAAUGGGUUGGACGACGACUAUGAGAAUGACUCUGGCUCUGGACCACAAAAUGUGGGUAGGAGGAAAACGAUCCAUAAUUUGGAGAAGGCAAGACAAAAGAAGAGGAAUAUAGGCACGCUGGACGUAGCCUUCAAGAAACGUUUCUUCAACAUGAAUGCCAAUGACGGUCCAGGCACACCAGUUUUGAAUCGGAAGAUGACGUUGCGUAGAGAAACACUUAAAGCUUUAGAGACGAGAAGAAAUUCUGUGAUGGCUGAACGACGAAAAUCUCAAAUGCAAACACUUGGUGCCAACAAUGAAUAUGGAGUGACUGGAAAGUUGAACAACAACCACGGGCUAGCUCCGCGACACAGACCUUCAACAGCCAACAUAUCAGUGAAAGAUGUGUUUGCUGAACCAAACGGUGGAAUGAUCAACAGAGGAUACGAAACAUCAUUAGGUGACGAUGACGACAGCAACUCAAUGAGACUCCAACCAAGACAAAACCAAGUUUCCUUUCAAGGAAGAUUUUAGUAAACAUGCGUACUUUAGACGCACAACACAGUUGCCAACAUGACGAAUUAAAAUGAAUAGUUUUAAGCAUUGUAGAUACUCAUUUAGUAGCAUAGUAAUAUUAUUAUUGAACUCAAUUUGUGAAUUUAUUUACAUCACAAUGCCUUGUGAUAUUUUUAUUAUUGUGUCAAACGACAAUAAUGGACUGAUGUGAAAACAUUGUGUUCUUUUAUAUACUUUAUGUAUAAUAAUUAUUAUAAUUGAUAUAAAUUUUACACUGCCACUCUAUUUUUGUAUUUUUCUAUAAGACAUAUUGAGAUAAAUUUAGUAUAUUUGAAA